CUACACUCCACAGGUGAUUCAUGUGUCGAGUCUGUCAAGAUAACGGAUAUAUGUAGUCGCCAGCAAUGUUUUGAAUUGAUGGACGAGAUCGAGAGUUAUCUUGAUUCUGUGUGCAAUGGUGACUACAGUGGAUGACAUUUUUCUUGAGAUUGGGGAACUUGGUGGAGAGCAAUGGAAGCAAUUGUUGCUCAUUUCUCUUAUUCACACCUACUACCCCUUUCACAUGAUGUCAUAUUCGUUCACAGCCAAAGAACAGGAUUUUACUUGCCAUACCAAUGAUAAUGAAACCACUCUCCAUAAUGCAUGUCCUAAUGGACAAAAUGAACAAUGCCUGCAAAUUCGCUAUCAAUCCGCCUCCUCAGAAACUUCUGCAGUGUCAGAAUGGACACUGAUUUGCGACAGGAGUUGGCUAAGACCUCUAACGAUGAGCUUGUUUAUGGGUGGAGUCAUGGUCGGAGCCCUCUUGUUCGGUUUUGUCUCAGAUGGGCAUGGCAGACGAUUUACCGUGAUACUCACAUUAGCCGGAAUGGUGAUAUCCGGACAACUUGGUCAAUACGCGCAAACGUUCACCAGUUUUUGCUUGGUCCAAAUGAUCAACGGAUUCUUCUGCGGAGGCCACAUCCUACCCCUAUUUGUUCUUCUCAACGAGUUGAUCGGGCCAUCCAAGCGCGGUCUAGCUGCCAUCUACAUGGCUAUCACGUGGUCUUGUGGUCUGAUUGCACUCUCAGUUUUGGCGUCCAAUAUCCGAUAUUGGCGGGACCUCACGGGCGCCACGACCUUGAUUGGAAUCCCUAUGAUGGUUUCUGCCUGGUUUCUUUUGGAAAGUCCUCGAUGGUUUCUUUCCAAAGGAAAUUUUCAUCUGGCCAACGCCGUCCUUCAAAAAAUAGCGGAAGGAAAUGGAAAGCCGUAUAAACCGGAAUAUAUUUUAAAAUGUUCGGUUGAGGACCCUGGUUUGAAGAAAUCUCCAAAGAGCUUCUCGGUGACCACCCUAUUUAGGCCGAGUUUAUUGAAGAUAACUAUGAUAAUGUUAUAUGCGUGGUUUGUCAACAGCUCAAGUUAUUAUGGACUUACUUUGGCCGCGUCAAAUGCAAAAACGGGGUACAAUAUAUAUUGGGCAACAGCCGUAAGUGCAUUUGUAGAAAUACCUGCUUGUUUUGGAGCUUCGUACUUGAUUGAUACUUACGGUCGGAUGAAAGCAUUGAGUAACCUAAUGAUAGGAGCUGGAUGUGGAUUACUAGCCAUUUAUCUUUUGGCGAGUUUUGGAUCAAUCGUAUUCGGUAUCGCUACAAUUUCGAAACUCUUUAUAUCCGCCAGUUUUACCGUUAUCUACAUUCAUACAGGAGAGAUUUACCCAACAGUAUUCCGUAACACGGCAAUGGGUGUUAUGGCCAUUAGUUCCAGAUUUGGGGGAAUUGCCAGUCCAUACUUGGCCGAGUUAGGAUCUUCCUGGCCUAACCUACACUUCAUUGUUUUUGGCCUCUUGACCUUUUCGUCCGGGAUCUUCAAUCGACGGUUACCCGAGACCCAAGGCCAACCCUUACCCGAGUCUUUGGAGGAUCUCCUUGAUCUGGUUCAGAAACCCAAGAAUAGCACGAAAUACGAGAAGCUCUCAACCUCAAUCAUAUGAAGGGUACAUGCAACAUUAUAUUUCAGCUUAUAGCACCAACCACAAGACGAAGGCUGUCAGAAACAUCACAAAAGUGAAAAUAAAAAUAAUUAACCCUA